AUGAGACGCAUUCAACUACUCCUUGAAGAAAACAGGAAACUGAGGGAGAUCAUUGAGAGGAAUGAGCUGGUGGAAUUCAGAAGCAAGUUGUACACAAAUCAGCUGAUUGAGACUGACUUGAAUGACUAUACGUAUCCUGAUUUAAUAAAACUAAUUGAGAAAUACAGUAACAGAAUUAAUGAGUUGGAGUGUAAUGAGGUGAAUGAGAAGGUGUAUCAACACAAAAUAGUGGAACAGGCAAAUGACAUUUUGGAGAUGAAGAACAGGAUGGAAGAGAAGGAGUUGGAAAUGAAAGAGAAGGAGGAGAUGAUUGAGAAGCAGAUUGGUGAAAUGAGGCAGAUGAGAGAGAGGGGUGAGAAAGAGAAGUACGAAAUGAGCAGGGCUGAAAAAGAGAAAAUGGAUGAGAUGGUGGAAAUGAGGCUGAGAUUGGAAGAAAUGGGUGAAAAGUGUAGGAGACAGGAGGAGGAGUUGAACAGGGUAAAAGAGGAGGAGAAUAAGCAGAAUAGCACAUUGGAGUUGGAUAGCACCCAGACGGCUAUUCAGACUAAACAGGUUCAACUGAGUGAUAUCAAGGAGGAGUACGACGAGUUGUACGAGAAAUACACGAAAUUGAAGGAUGAAUUUGAUAGAAUAAAGGGAGAGGAAGAGAGAGAGAUGAAGGUGCGUCUGAAUGAGGCAGAAACAGGGUACAAUGAGUUGAUUAAGCAGCAUCAGAGGAGUCAGGAUGCAAGUAGGGAGGCAAUUGAAGAAGUAGAAAGGGGAAUUAGACUUGUUUUGGAGGUGAAAGAGGAAGUGAAAUUGUGGGAGGAAUUGUACAGGAAAGUGGUAGGAGAAAAGGAGAUACUGGUGAAGGAAUUGAGUAGGAAAAAUGACAUGAUUGAAAAAUACAAAAUAAUCAAAGAGAAGUACGUGGAACUGAGGAACAAGAAGGAGUAA